GCGCAGACGGAGGCGGGCGGGGAGCUCCCCGGCCACAAGACGGAGAGCGCGCGGCAGCCGGGGCCCGUGCUGCGCGCCGCGGGGCGCUCUGCCCCGCGGCGGCGCUGGGUCCCGCCCUCGGCGCUGCGCCGCGGCGACGCGCCCGACGACGCGGGCGACGCCAAGCACGACGCCAUCCACCGCAAAGUGCGCGGCAUCCUCAACAAGCUGACGCCCGAGAAGUUCCGCAAGCUCAGCGACGACCUGCUGGCGCUGGAGCUGGACUCGGACCGCGCGCUGCGCGGCGUCAUCCUGCUCAUCUUCGAGAAGGCGCUGGACGAGCCCAAGUACUCGUCCAUGUACGCGCAGCUGUGCAAGCGGCUCAGCGAGGAGGCGCCCAACUUCGAGCCGCCGGGGCAGCCCUGCACCUUCAAGCUGCUGCUGCUCAACAAGUGUCGCGCCGAGUUCGAGAACCGCGCGCAGGCCUUCGCCGCCUUCGACGAGCGCCCGCUGGCGCCCGAGGACGAGGAGCGCCGCCACCUGGCCAAGUGCAAGAUGCUCGGCAACAUCAAGUUCAUCGGCGAGCUGGGCAAGCUGGAGAUCCUGGCCGAGUCCAUCCUGCACCGCUGCAUCCAGAACCUGCUGCUGCGGCGCGGCGCCGAGCAGCACGAGGACCUGGAGUGCCUGGCGCAGCUCGUGCGCACCGUGGGCCGCGUGCUGGACUCGGACCGCGGCCGCGGGCUCAUGGACCAGUACUUCCGGCGCAUCGAGACGCUGGCGGCGGCGCGCGAGCUGGCGCCGCGCCUGCGCUUCAUGCUGCGCGACGUGGUGGAGCUGCGGCGCGCCGGCUGGGUGCCGCGCGCCGCCGCCGCCGCCGCGGGCGAGGGGCCCGUGCCCAUGCACCAGCUGCGCGCCGACGACGAGCCGCGCCGCGAGCGCGAGCGCGAGCGCGACCCCUUCCGCGGCCUGCGCGCGCGCCCGCUGGACGACGUGCUGGCGGGGCUGGCGCUGGCGCAGCCGCCGGCGCACGACAAGCUGUUCGGCAACGGGCUGGCGCCGCGCGACUUCCGCCAGCGCUCGGCGCCCGGCCACUUCCCGCGCCACAAGCCCGCGCCGCCCGCCAAGGAGCCGCGCAAGGCGCGCGCGCCGCCCGCCGGCGCGCCGCACGACGCGCAGCUGCGCCCGCCCUCCAACGCGCUGCUGUUCACGGCCAACCGGCUGUCGCGCGCCGCGCCGCCGCCCGCCGCGCUGCCCGCCUUCGCCGCCAAGCAGCCGCCCAAGGAGCCCGCCGUCGCCGUCAAGCCGGCGCCCGCCCGCGACAAGCCCAAGAAGGACAAGGGGCUCGACAAGGAGGAGGCGUGUCGGCUGGCGCUCGAGGCGCUGGCGGCGCUGGCGGCGCGCCCGGCGCCCGCGCCCGCGCCCGACGCGGACGAGCCGCCCGACGAGCCCGAGGAGCCCGAGGAGGAGGAGCCGGCGCUGCGCCGCCUGCGCGCGCUGCAGCUGCCCGACAAGCUGCUGCGGCGCGUGGUGGGCGCGGUGCUGGAGCGCGCGCUGGCGGCGCCGGCGGACGGCGAGGCGGCGGCGGACGCGCUGUGCGCGGCGGCGGCGCGCGUGGUGGCGGGCGUGCGGCGCGCGCCGCUGGGCGACACGCUGCGCGCGCUGGUGGCGGCGCGGCACCCGCACGCGCGCCUGCCCGCGCUGCUGGCGCACGCCGUGCUGCGCUCGGUGCUGUCGCUGGCGGAGCUGGGCGCGUGGUGCGAGGGCGGGCAGCACGCGCCGCUGCUGCUGGAGACGCUGCAGGCGCUGCGGCGCGCGGCGGGCGGCGCGCGGCUGGCGGCGCUGGUGGCGCGCAGCAAGCUGAACGUGUGCGCGCACGUGGCGGAGCGCGAGGCGGGCGCGGCGGCGGCGCUGGAGGCGCUGGAGGCGCGCGGGCUGGGCGCGCUGGCGCCGCAGCUGCGCGUGCGCGCGGCGCUGGCGCGGCAGCUGGCGGCGGAGCCGGCGCCGGGCGCGCUGUACCGCUGGAUCCGCGGCAACGUGGACGCGGCGGUGCGGCGCGACGCGGCGUUCGUGACGGCGGCCGUGGCGCUGCUGGCGGAGCACGUGAGCGCGGCGGCGGGCGCGCUGGGCGGCGGCGGCGGCGACAAGGCGGCGCUGGAGCGCGAGAAGGCGCUGGCGGAGGAGUACGCGCCGCUGCUGACGGCGCUGCUGGAGGGGCGCGCCGAGCUGCAGCUGGCGGCGGUGUACGCGGCGCAGCUGCACGCGCACCGGCACCGCUACCCCAAGGGCAUGCUGCUGCGCUGGUUCAUGUACCUCUACAACCUGGAGGUGUGCGAGGAGGAGGCCUUCCUGCGCUGGCGCGAGGACGUCACCGACGCCUACCCCGGCAAGGGCGAGGCGCUGUUCCAGGUCAACACGUGGCUCACGUGGCUGCAGCAGCAGGAGUCCGAGGACGAGGAGGCGGAGGACUAGCCGCCCGCCGCAGCAGGAGCCGCCCGACACCGCACCGCUUUUAUUUGCGCUCAUCUCAUAUAAAUAUAAUUAAGCCAAAUAGUUUAAAUAGCUACCCUCGUCACCCUUUAGCGCCCGAGCGCCCUCGCGCGCCGCCGGCACGCGA